ACUUGAUUUCUCCUUUAGUUGCUGCGAAGUCACUAGAUCGCGUCUACCACAGUUUGCGUCAUUCGUGAUUAGAAUCUCGUUCAUUCUUUAUCGCCAGUUUUUUUAUACAUAUUUUGUUCAAAAAUUUAUUAUUCUCAUUAUGGAGUCGCAAGAAAAUGUUGACGAAAGUGUCGGAACUCUUUUCAAAUCUGCAAAGGAGCAAUUAAUACCGAAAAAAUCGAAGCAUGUGUACAUAACCUCUUAUGAACACUUCAAAACAUGGCAAAAAGAAAAGAAUUGUUUGUCAAUAUCCGAGGAAGUUAUUAUGGCGUAUUUCGAAAAUCUAUCUGCAACAAAAGCACCGUCCACAUUGUGGUCCACGUAUUCAAUGAUUAAAAAAAUGAUUUGUCAAAACGAAAAUGUAGACAUUAGUCAAUACGGAAAUUUAAUCGAUUUAUUAAAAAUAAAAGCUAAAGGUUUUCAGCCAAAGAAGGCACAAGUUUUGACACCAGAAGAAAUCAACAAGUUUAUAAACGAUGCCCCAAAUUAUCAAUAUUUGGCAACAAAGGUGGCUUUAAUAAUUGGCGUUCUUGGAGCUUGCAGAAAAGACGAAUUGCACAAAUUAUCCAUAAGUGAUAUUAUUGAUCGUGGAUCCUUGUAUUCAGUUACACUGCCAAUAACCAAAACAAGUGUUAAGCGGAAUUUUGUUAUUGAAGGACUCUUCUAUAAUACAGUAAAAGAAUAUAUUUCUUGUCGACCAAAAGAUAUUCAGUGCAGCAAUUUUUUUCUAAAUUGGCAGAAAGGGAAAUGUACGAAGCAGGUCAUAGGUGUUAAUAAAUUUGCUAGUAUGCCACAAACGAUUGCUAAAUUUUUAAAGUUGCCUCAGCCAGAAUUGUACACUGGACACUGUUUUCGACGAUCAUCAACAACAAUUCUGGCUGACGCAGGUGCUGAUUUAAUUACAUUAAAACGACAUGGAGGGUGGAAGUCGAACCAAGUAGCAGAAGGGUAUAUUGAAGAUUCGAUGGAAAAUAAAAGAAAAGUCGGUAAUAUGAUUUCGAAAUCCAUUUUGAAAACUUCAACUUAUAUUAACACUGAAACUCAACCAUCAAGCGAGGGAGUCAAUGUCGCUGCAUCAACUUCUAAACAAACUCUGUCGGUUAUCAAUAAAGAAAUUCAAAAUACUUCUAAUAUUAUGCAAUCCUCAGGCUCGGAUAUUCUACGUAUGGUCAAUUGUCAGAACGUUACUAUUAACAUUUUUAAUGAAAAUAAGAAAUAAGUAUUCUC